GACCCAGAUAACUGUGACCCAAAUUUGUUUGUUGAUGUUACUAAAGGUAUUCAAUAUUGGAAUGAAGUUAAAGAUUCUAUUGUUAAUGGAUUUAACAAUGCUAUGCAUGAUGGAGUUGUUUGUAAUGAACAAAUUAGAGGAGUUAGAAUUAACUUAGAAGAUGUUAAAUUACAUGCAGAUGCUAUCCACAGAGGAGGAGCACAAAUGAUUCCAUGUGCUAGAAGAUGUUGUUUCGCAUGUGUUUUAACAGGAGCCCCAUCACUUCUUGAACCAAUGUAUCUUGCAGAAAUUCAAUGCCCAGAAUCUGCUAUUGGAGGAAUUUACACAGUCAUGUCAAGAAGAAGAGGAAAGAUUAUUUCAGAAGAACAAAGACCAGGUACUCCAUUAUUCAAUGUUAGAGCUUAUCUUCCAGUCUGUGAAUCAUUUGGAUUUACUGCUGAUUUGAGAUCACAUACUUCAGGACAAGCCUUCCCACAAUGUGUCUUUGAUCAUUGGCAAUUACUCAAUGGUGAUGUUACAGAUGCUACAUCAAAGGUUGGAUCAAUUGUUGCUGCUAUUAGAAAGAGAAAAGGACUUCCAGAAGGUGUUCCAGGUUUAGAUAAAUUCUAUGAUAAGCUUUAA